UUUGUUCCCUCCGUCUCUGAAGUCUAAACCACCAAACCUAAAUCUUCCCAUCACUUCCUACAGACCUUGUCGUCCCGGGUGGGUCAUGACCCUGACCCUCUCCAUUCAAUACCCGAAGCCCCACCGGAGCAGCCAACGCCAUGCGCCUCGUAGUACCUCUCCAGGGCGUGGUCCAAGGAAGAGGAGGCUUAAUCUUUGGCUCUCUUAUCCCAUGCGCUCUCUUUUACUUCCUCCAACUCUACCUCAAACGACACCGCUCUCCUCGCAACCCUCCUUCACCCUCCGCUUCCUUGCAGAACCUGGCGGAGAUGAACCGAACUUCUUCACGCUCCAAUUUGCUCUCACGCGGCUCCAUCGGACCGGCUCGGAUAUCUUCCUUGGCCACUUCCAUUUCUAAACCCAACGACUCGCCGUAUUACAUCGGGUUGGAUAAGGUGUCGGAGGAUCCGUACGACAGAUUUGGUAAUCCAGAUGGGGUUAUCCAACUCGGCUUGUCGGAGAAUAGGUUGUGUUUUGAUUUAAUUGAGAAAUGGAUGUUGGAAAACUUGACCGAUUCGAUAAGGGGAAGAGAUGGGGAUGAUUUGAGCAUUAGCGGGAUUGCCUCUUACCAGCCUUUGGAUGGAACAAUGGAACUCAAAAUGGCGAUGGCAGGUUUUAUGUCACAUGUUAUAGGAGGAGCUGUCUCAUUUGAACCGUCGCAGAUGGUUUUAACUGCUGGUGCAACUCCCGCAAUUGAGACAUUAUGUUUCUGCUUGGCAGAUCAUGGGAAUGCAUUUCUUGUUCCCACACCUUACUAUCCUGGUUUUGACAGGGACAUGAAAUGGCGAACAGGAGUGGAACUAAUACCUGUCCAUUGUCGGAGCACUGACAAUUUCACAUUAAGUAUCAGUGUGCUUGAUCAAGCAUUCAACCAGACAAGGAAGCGUGGAACAAAGAUUCGGGGAAUUCUCCUUUCAAACCCUGCAAAUCCUGUUGGCAACCUACUUUCUCGGGAGAUUCUUUGUGAUCUAUUGGACUUUGCUCGAGAAAAGAAUAUCCAUAUCAUAUCAGAUGAAAUAUUCGCAGGGUCUAUUUACGGGAAUGAAGAGUUUGUCAGCAUUGCCGAUGUUCUUGAUUCAGAGGAUUUCGAUAAAAGCAGGGUUCAUAUUGUUUAUGGGCUAUCGAAGGACCUCUCUCUUCCAGGAUUUCUGGUCGGAGUGAUAUAUUCUCUUAAUGAUAAUGUAUUGGUUGCUGCUAGAAAGUUAACUAGGUUUUCUUCUAUUUCGGCUCCAACCCAAAAACUGCUAGUUUCAAUGCUGUCAGACGCAAGAUUCAUCAAGGAAUAUAUGGAGACCAAUAAAAAGAGGAUAAGGAAUAUGCGUGAUUUAUUUGUGUCUGGUCUGGAAGGAUUAGGCAUUAGAUGUGCAGAUAGCAGUGCUGGCUUGUAUUGUUGGGCUAAUAUGAGCAAAUUAAUCCCCUCUUAUGGUGAGAAAGGGGAACUUGAGCUAUGGGAUAAGUUAUUAAAUGUGGCUAAGAUCAAUGUGACUCCUGGUUCAGCAUGCCACUGCAUAGAACCGGGAUGGUUCCGGUGCUGUUUCACAACCUUGGAUGAGGAGGAUAUUCCUCUAGUCAUGGAAAGGAUCCGAAAAGCUACUGAUUCCCGAGCGUCAUGAAGUGAAAAUGCUAAAACUCUUUCUAAAAUUACAAUCAAAUUGCAGGUGCAUUGAUCGUUGAUUUCUCUAUGAUACUGAUGGAGAUUCUUCCUGUAGCUAACCAAGGGGGAUGUGGGCGUGCACAAUUUCUGGACAAAAAUGCACCCUUGAAUCAAUGUGAUGGCGGUUCCAAAGGCAGAGAUAGUACAGCACAGCAUCCACAUGGGGUCUUUCCUUGAGAAGCCUCUCGUGUGUAGGCCAUUUGAACACCACAGAUUACUUGUUGA